UCAGGGAAGAGAGUAGUAAGAUUGGUCAGUCAUGUUGAUUGGGUGUUUGAGUUUUAUGCGCACUGUAUGUUACGUGUGUAGUUAUUCAGUUGUAUUUCUUCCCACUAAAAAAAAUCAAGGGUCAGGGAUUUUGCUCUUCUACAAAGGCAAUGAAGGCAUCUGCACUUCUUCAUCCCUACUGGCCCAGGGAUCUUGUGAUCCCCACCUAUGUGGCCAAUGACAGAUCCAUGGCAGAGAUCCUGACGUUUCUCUUCUCCGUGUCUGCGGUGUUUUUGCUCGUGACCUGGAUGGUUACUGGCCGGCUGGGCACACUGAGGCGUCUGGCCGUAUGCUGGUUCGCUGUCUGUGGGUUCAUCCAUAGUGUCAUUGAGGGCUGGUUCUCUCUAUACUAUGAUGUUAUUCCAGGAGACCAAGGUUUCCUGUCACAGUUGUGGAAAGAGUACUCUAAAGGGGACAGUCGAUAUGUAAUAGCUGAUAACUUCACUGUUUGUAUGGAGACCGUGACUGCGUGGUUUUGGGGACCAUUCAGCUUUUGGGCUGUGUUUGCGUUCUUAACUAACAAGCCAUAUAGAUUUGUCUUGCAGCUCAUACUUUCACUUGGCCAGCUGUACGGAGCUGUACUGUACUUCUUUAUAGAACACAGAGAGGGCUACGCUCACAGUGAGCUGGGACAUCCUAUCUACUUCUGGUUCUACUUUGUGUUUUUGAACGCUCUGUGGAUCAUCAUACCACUAGUGCUUAUUGUGGAUGCCUGGAGACAGCUGUCAGCCACCCAGGCACAGUCAGAUGGAAGGAAGUCUCACAAGGCAAAGAAACAAGAGCGACUUCUUGAUGACCAUCAGCAGACAGAGAGAAAUUGCAGAGAUAGGAGUCAGACUGUCUUCUUCCUCACGGUCCAUAUCCAGAUCAUUGACUCUGUUGGGGGCAGAGAAACUUGCAGUACCACAGUCAUUGCCAUAUGAAGAGAUCCCCCUGUCUGGUUCAGUGGAAAUAUGUGGAUCAUCACAGAAAAAAAAGCAACAACAGGCUUUUGCAGUCAGGGUCCCCAGUCAAAAGGAAACAAAAGUGGCUAAAAAGUCUCCGGCGCCCAUCGUCAUACAGCUGUCAAAUAAACCUUCCCCAGGGACUAAAACAAGAGUCGUAUGUAGUGAACACUCCAAGGAGGAGAAGAAAGUGCCGCAGACCGUCAAAUAUCCUCAACAAGAGGUUUCACCCACUCACCUACCGAAAGCAUCACCACAAAAGAAGACGAGGGCCAAAAAGACGCCAAAAACAAACACUGACAAUUUUACCUGCACAUUGGAAGACUGCUUAUAUCAUAAAUCCAAAGAUCAGUCUGAUCAAGACAAAAGAAUGGAGGUAGUCAGACCUGCUACAGUGCAAACAGUCCACAAGUAUCGUGGUGUUAAAAAACCUGAGAUAGGCCCUGGGUCUGAGAUAAGGAUUCCGUAUAGACCCAAAGGAGGGAUGAUUUUUGAUCCAGAACUCAUGUCAUUGAGUCCUAAGGUAUAGUCCGCGACUAUGAUGUUUAGAAUGUUAUUGCAUUUAAAAUUCCAUCACCCCCCAGUUGCUUAUUCUAAUCAAAUAAAGUUAGAGUGAGAACAAACCUUUAAUGGCUUAUAAUUGCUCUGCAA